CAAACAACGCGCUUCGGACAAGCGGCGGCGAAUCGCAUCGUCUCAAUCCCUUCUUUUUUGGUGAAAAAGGAUAUUUAUCCUAGCAGAAUAACCAAAACAUGUCGAAGGCACAUCCCCCGGAGUUGAAAAAGUACAUGGACAAGCGGCUGUCGCUGAAACUGAAUGGCGGUCGUGUGGUUUCUGGCAUUCUGCGUGGUUUCGAUCCCUUCAUGAACGUCGUGGUGGACGAAUCGAUUGAAGAAUGCAAAGACGGUACCCGCAACAACAUCGGAAUGGUGGUUAUUCGGGGUAACAGUAUCAUCAUGGUUGAGGCGCUGGACCGGAUAUAAAUCUUCACCCUUAACUAUCAAAUAAACACAACUAUUAAUAGUGACAUCAUUUG